ACCCUCCAGACAGUCCGGACCCUCCAGAGGUUCUCUUUGACGUCAGUGGACUUCAUCCUUCAGCUGAGACACAGAACACCUGCAGGACGAGUGCAGAGAGCAUGACCCGAGGUUUAUUACCAGGGUCGAUGCACUCGGGUCUUUAUGGGACGGCUUGAGGGGCGGGUGUGGAGGAUCUGGAUCUGUUUGGACCGUCUGCAUGCCAGCGGAGAAGAACCUCCUACAGACUGUUGCCAACCUGAGAAUCUGAAACUGGGCCGCAGAUGAUGGGUGGUCGCUGGGUUUGGAUCAGAACCAGAUUGGUUUCUGAAGAUCAAGCCUUCAGUUCUUUAAAGCUGCAGUUCAUCUAAUGACCAGCAGAGGGCGACACCUGCCAACCAAGCGACCUGUGCAGGUGGUCUAACAGAAAUGACGUCACACAGAUUWACACCUGGAAGAUGCGGCACGUGUCCCCACAGUGGAGUGACGUCACGGCUCGAGCUCCCGCACGGUCAAAGAUCUGCAGGUUUGCGCGUCGCCCGAUACCUUCACCUUCACCUGACCUGAGGAGGGAAAGGGGCGGGGCUACAGCCGCGGCAGCGGGCGACACCGCAGUCACACAGAAACUGAAACUUCUGAAAGCAAGGAAGAAAUAAAGAGGAAGAGGAAGAUGAAGAAGAGGAGGGCGCGACAACGUGACCCUCUUCCUUCAGUUUCUCUUUUCUCAUCACGCGCCGCGGCGACAAUCAGGAAACGAUCCUGAGAGCAGCUGAAGAAGAUGGUGGUCCUUCUGCUCUUCCUCCUCCUCACCUUCAUCACAGGUGUGUGUCCCCUGACCAAGGUCAAUGUGAUGGCAGGGGACAUGGUUGCGCUGCAGUGUGGACCCUGCAGACACAAUGACUCUGUGACGCUGUGGACUGCGGACAACGACCUGAUGACGGUUCUGUACAGCAACAUGUCAGCAGCACAGCAGAAACAGUUGGGUGUGAUUGUUUAUCAGAACAUCCUGGUGAUUCUGAGCACAUCUAUGAACUAUCAGGGGAAUUAUUCCUGCCGGCAGCAAAGGAGUAACAUGAGCCAGCCAACUUUUCUCCUGAGAGUUUAUUCAGCUCAGUCUGAAGAGUAUGAACAAAAGUGCACAUACAGCACAACAUGUUUCACCCAGGAGUCCUGCGAAUUAAAUUGUCCUGAAGUGAACAUCCCCACUGCAAACAUCCCCAACCUUACAAACAGUUGGACUACAUGGCACAAGAAGGAUGGAGAACUGUCGAGGGGAUACUUCCCGAGUGUUGAAAAGGAAAACAGUGGCAUCUACAGGUGCACUCGACCUUACUUAUAUUCUGGUCAAACGUACAACAUCUCCUUUAUCGUGAAACUUGAUGUCCAAAUACCAGCAAUUGUGGAAACUUAUGGAAUCUCUUCACCACGAGACGGUCAAGUUUUUCACGUCGAACUUGACACAACAUUCGUGAUCACUUGUAAAGCUGUCGUCGAUUCAUGCUUCAACUCRCUGUUCUGGAUGAGCGAUGACCAAUUUGUUACAAAUGAAGACACAAACUUAACAAGAAUCUUCUCCAACUUCACCUGCAACGAUACGAGGAAGAGGAUGGAAGCAUCUUUAGUUUUCAAAAAAGUCAUGGGGGAAGAUUUGUCCAAAAAUUUCACAUGUAAAUUUCAAGGUGACCAACUUGUAGACUUUGCCACCAUCAUCCUGACUAAAACAGCUCGCCCUUCUUACUUCACCAUGACCGUGUGCACGGUCCUCAUCACAGCGGCGAUGGUUGCGWCCGUCAUCGUCUAUGUGAGGUUUAAGGUCGACGUCGUCCUGUUUUUAAGAGAUUCUCUUGGCUGCCGGAGCAGGACCUCAGAUGGAAAAAUCUACGACGCGUUUUUGAUGAGCUAUAAGAGCGACUCUGACGGAGGACUGAACGAAGACGACAGGAAGUGGCUGGAGAAAACUUUGGAAGAGCGUUUUGGUUACAAGUUGUGUCUUUUUGAUCGAGACGUUUUACCAGGACAAGCCGCAGCAGAAGCCGUGUUGGACUCUGUGGAGCAGAGCCGGGCUGUGAUUUUGGUCCCCUGCAAUCCGGACCCUGGACCAGGAACCGGUCUGCUGAGUGCCAUCCACGCAGCGCUGGUGGAGAGGCAGACUCGCCUGGUUUUCAUCGACACGRAGCAGAAGGAAGAGUCCAGAUCUGGCUCAUUGUCUGAGGCUCUGCAGCUUCUCAGCAAGGCUGGAAACCGUGUCACCUGGAGGGGCGGGCCACCCUGCUCCUCCUCCUCCUCUUCAUCGUCCUUCUGGAAGCAGCUACGUUACCGCCUCCCGGCCCCGCAGCACGCACACAGCCAGACGCACCAGUUUUUACCUGAAAGCUCGUGUGAUGUUCCUCUGCUCUGAAACAUUUCUUUCUUUUCUCAUUAUUUCAGCAGCUCUUCAAUCGUUCAUCGUCUCAAUUUCUACAUUUCUGAAGAAACUGUGAACAAUUUUUAUAAUAAAACUGUGAAUUUAGAACAACUGCA